CUUCCAUCUUGAAAAGUAUCCAUUCAUUCUAACCCAUCUACCCAUCUCUUGAUGCAAAAGCACAUGAAUACUUUCAGCCAGCUCAAGUUGUAUCCGAAGCAUUACGCUUAAUGAGCUCUACUCAACAGUCCAACGGCCUCACCCAAGAGUAUGAUGUAUUGGCCAUAGUCCUUCCGGACUCUAUACCUGAUUCUACCUUAGUUCCGACCUCUCAUUAUGACUAUCCAAACCAACUAGAGGGCUACUGGAAGCAGCAAACACAACAGCACCAGCAGAAGCAGCAGGACCUACGAAAGAGUCAGCAGAGCCAACGGUGUCAACAACGGCUUGAAGAGUUGAGCCAGAAGCAUACUCGUCGACUAGAACAAUUGCAGCAACUGUAUGAGGUACAACGGCGACAAAUAGAAUUGGAGCAACUUAUACUAGAGUCAUCGCAGGGAAAGACAUUAGAACAGAAAGAACAGUGGCUAGAACAGCAGCGACAAAAUAGUACAGCAGGUGGAACAGAAUGACUCGGAAGAUUUUGAAAGGAACCUCAAAGCAGCCAACCAAGGAGACAUUAAUUCUCAGUAUAAUCUAGGCGAGAUGUACUAUCGGGGCCAAGGAGUGGCUCAAGAUUACUCAAAAGCGUUUGACUGGUACCUCAAGGUAG